AUGACAACACCAAAUGAAUCAAGAAAAUGUGAUUAUUCAUCAAGUUUUAUCCCACGACCUCCACCACCGGACUUAUUAUUUCCACAUUUAUGGGGAAUAGAAAACAAUUGUAAUUAUUCAUUGUCUUCUCUAUCUUCUUUAGUUUCCUCUUCAUUGUCAUCGUCGUCAUCAUCAUCGUCGUCGUCGACAUCAUCAUCACCGUCAAUGUCUCUAUCUUCAUUCAUAUCUACAAUAUCUACAUCAGUUUAUACAACGAAUUGUUCAACCUCUUAUACAUAUUCAAAUCAACAUAAUCCUAUUACAAAUAUAGAUAAUUUAACAAAUAAAAAAAGACUAUCUGCAUUUAAUCCAUUACCAAUAAAUUUAAGUACAAAUAUGAAUCUAUUAAAUAAACGAGAAUUUCCUUUUAAUAAUCAAGAGUUUACUUCGAAUCAAUUAACUUCAUAUUGUAAUUCUUUAUGGUUAGAUUAUUACUAUUAUUAUUAUCAUCAUCAUCAUGAUCGUCGUCGUCGUCAUCAUCAUGAUCUUCAUGAUGAUCAUCAUGAUCACCAACAUGAUCAUGAUCAUCAGAAUCAUUAUCAUUCACAAUCUAAUUAUCAUUAUGAAUUGAAUAGACCAACAAAAGUAUUUUUAACUAAUGAUAAUUAUAAUCAAUUAACAAUGAUUAAUAAUAAUGGAGAAAAUGAUAGUUCAUUAUAUAAUUAUCAAUCAUUUAAUAAUAAUGAACAGAUCUAUUCAAAACUUAAAGUUACAAAACAUUUGAAUGGGGAAAAUAACUUUAAUGUUAAAAGUAUUAGUACUAUUACUACUACUACUACUACGACGACGACAACGACAACAACGACGGCAACAACGACGACGGCGACAACGACGACGACGAUAACUACUACUACUACUACAACUAAUACUACUUCUAUUUCAACAAUACCGAUAAUUGAUACUCCUAACAUAUUUAUGAAUUUCAAUGAUAAAUUUAAUGUUAAAACAUGUAAAUCUACAAAAAUCAUUUCAAAAUUUAAUAAAUAUGAUAAAUCUUUAAAAUAUCAUAAAUCAAUAAAAAAACGGAACAAACAAUCGAUAAUCGAUAAUAAUCAUAAUCAUAAUAAUAAAUCCAUACAAAUGUCUCUUAACAACAAUGUAAAUCAAAUAGAUAUACAUACAAAUAUUGAUUAUGAUAAUAAUCAUGAUCGUGAUCCUGACAAUAAUCUGAUUCAAAAUAAUAAUAAUAAUAAUAAUAAUAAUAAUACUAAUCAUAAUCAUCAUAAACAAAAACCAUUUGAUGAAUAUUCAAAUAUCGAUGAUGAAGAUUAUGAAUUAGAUCAUGAACAAGAAGAUAAUGAAGAGGAAGAAGAAGAUGAAGAAGAAGAAGAAGAAGAAGAGGAAGAAGAAGAACGAGUACAACAACAUCAACAUCAACAACAACAAUUUAAUAAUUAUAAUAUAGAAAUUCAAUUAAAAACAAAUCAAUUAAUGGAAUGUGUUGUAUGCGGUGAUAAAAGUAGCGGUAAACAUUAUGGUCAACAUACAUGUGAAGGAUGUAAAAGUUUUUUUAAACGUUCUGUAAGACGUAAAUUAAAUUAUACAUGUCGUGGUAAUAAACAAUGUCCAAUUGAUAUACAUCAUCGUAAUCAAUGUCAAUAUUGUCGUUUUCAAAAAUGUAUACAAGUUGGAAUGCGUAAAGAAGGUUUGAAUCAUUAA